AUGCGAAGGAGUUGGAGGGGAAGAUAUAAAAACAAUUGGAAUCGUAAUAAGACAAAUAAGACAAGAACCUCUACCGAUAAUAGAAGUCAUAACAAUUCCUCUGUCUCAACUGAUCCUGCUUCUGUAUCUGCAAAUUCGGUUAGAGCACCUGCAAACCAAGCACCGAUAGUAUUUUCAGUAAAUUCAGAGACUAGUGCCUGGAAAUUGUAUUUUCCUACACAAGAUUUCUCACCGGCCCCUGACAUAAUUACUCAAAUUGAUUGUUUCAAGAACUAUAUCAAUAAAAACAAGGCCUUUUUAGAUCUUGAGAAGAUUGAUCAAACUAGAAGUGUUCCACUAGAUAUUCAAAAUCUUAUUAACGAUGAAGACUUUAACAAUAGCUGGUCAAGUUUCCAGACAGAUCUGUUUGAGAAACCGGAAACAACACUACGACUCUUAGAAUAUUGCCUACAUGAAAGCUUGAAAUUUGAAUCAAGAAUUAAAGUAAGGGUUUUAAAUCACCAGCCAGUUAUUCCUAUUGCUAAUUUGAAAGUUAACUAUUUUGGUAAACUAGUCACAAUUAAAGGAACAGUAAUAAGAGUUGGGAGUGUAGGAUUAAUUUGCACAUCAAUGGCGUUUGAGUGUUCCAGUUGUCACAGCAUACAGGCUGUGAUGCAGCCCCAGGGUGUGUUUACAGCUCCAAAUUUUUGCCAGAGUUGCCGGAGCGGACAUAAAUUUGAACCUCUGCAAUCAUCGCCGUUCACGAGUACUACUGAUUGGCAAGUGGCUAAGAUACAAGAAAUACAAUCACAGAGUCUAUCAGGGACAAUUCCCAGGAGUGUCGAGAUUGAUCUUCAAGGUGAUCUCGUAGGAACAGCCUGUCCUGGCGAUGUCCUAUCUGUUACGGGAAUUGUGCAAGUUCGCGGGGAAAGCAAAGGAGGUGAAGAUGGCAAACGAGCAGCAAGACUCCUCCAGCUGUACGUAGAAGCAGUUUCUAUACACAGUCAAAGGAAUCUGAGCAAUCCGACGUUGUCUUUUACGUUGAAAGAUUAUUACGCUAUACAGGAAAUCCACGCAACGGAAGACGUGUUUAAACUUCUUGUACAUUCGCUGUGCCCAACUAUAUUCGGGCACGAAGCGGUCAAGGCAGGCCUCAUUCUAGGGCUCUUUGGAGGUACAGAGAACGAGACAAACGCCAGAACCAAUCCCCAUGUUCUGGUUGUGGGGGAUCCAGGGCUGGGCAAAUCUCAACUGUUACAGGCUGCAGCCCACGCCGCUCCAAGAGGAGUAUAUGUAUGUGGGGCAUCUGCGUCGGCUGGAGGUCUGACGGUGGCUUUAGGACGCGAAGCUGGUGGGGAUUUCGCCUUAGAAGCCGGUGCUCUAGUAUUAGCUGAUAAGGGGGUCUGUUGUGUGGAUGAACUGGAUAAGAUGCCAGCACAUCACAGCAGUCUGCUAGAAGCAAUGGAACAGGGCCGGGUGAGUGUCGCAAAAGGGGGCGUGGUCUGCGCACUGCCCGCGCGAGCUACUGUACUGGCCGCUGCUAACCCUUCUGCCGGGAGUUACAAUAGGGCUAAGACAGUAGCAGAAAAUCUAAAAUUGAAUUCGGCGCUUUUAUCUCGCUUCGACUUGGUUUUCAUAUUGCUGGAUCAGCCGGAUGAGAAAACAGAUGCUUUGCUGUCAGAGCACGUACUAGCCCUCCACUCCGGGUCGAAGGGAAAGAAGAAAGUUGGUGCUGGGACAAGCUUCAUGAAUACUUCUAGUGCUAGUCAGAGUCGUGAUGAAAAUUUAAGUCAGAGAUUAAAACUAAAACCGGGAGAAACGAUAGACACAUUGCCGCUAGUACUUCUACGCAAGUACAUCGCGUACGCAAGAAGGUACGUCCACCCGAAGCUAAGUUCAGAGGCCGCCAACGUCUUACAGAGUUUCUACUUGGAGCUACGACACAACCACCAGACGUCUGGUGAUGGUACACCUAUUACUACGCGACAAUUGGAAGCUUGCAUACGACUUAGUCAGGCUCGCGCAAGAGUUGAUUUAAGAGAAGAAGCUACCUUACAAGACGCCAAAGACGUUAUAGAUCUUGUUAAGCACAGUUUGUUGGACACGUUUAGUGAUGAAUUUGGCAAUAUACAGCUCUCUAGAUCUAUCAAUGGUUCCGGAGUCAGCUCAAGAAAUAAGCUAAAGAAGUUUUUGGACGCUCUAACAAGAAGAUCGCAUCAACUUAAUAAGGAUGUGUUCACAAGACAGGAACUAAUUCAAAUCCACAAGGCGGCCGGCGUAGUGGGCGACCCAACUGAUCUCAUUGAAGCUAUGCAUGUACAUUCGUAUUUAUUGCUGAAAGCAUCUAAUACAUAUCAGUUGAUAGCCAUUUAA